GCACGGAGAUUAUGGAAUCCCUGUUUAAGGUGCAUCAAAGCAACUUGGGACCAUAAUUGAAGGGGAAUCUCUUCUUAAUGAUGGAGCUGCAAUUGUUCUGUUUAACGUUUUUCUUGUGGAGAUGCAGCCCGGAGAAAGCCAGACAGCACUGGAGAUAUUCCUCUACUUUGUCAAGGUGGCCCUCGGUGGACCUGCCUUCGGCUACCUGAUGGCAAAGUUCACAAUAUUCUGGCUCUCUCACGUGUUUAACGAUGCUCUGGUCGAGAUUACCAUCACUCUGGCCUCAACCUACAUCACCUUCUACAUUGGCGAGGGUCUGUUUGAAGUGUCGGGGGUCCUGGCUGUUGUGACUCUGGGCAUCGAGCUCAACUCUCGUCGCACCAGCAUUAGCCCCGAGGUGGAAGCCUUUCUCCACAGGUUUUGGAGCAUGCUGGGAUACCUGGCAAACACAAUCAUCUUUGUUCUGGUUGGAGUGGUGAUUUCUCAACGGGCAUUUUCGGGAGUCGAGAUACAAGACUGGAUGUUUAUGGCCGUCCUCUACUUUGGCAUUGUCGUCAUAAGGUUGAUGGUGAUAGGAGGUCUAAUGCCGAUCCUCACCAACAUUGGCUACACGGUGGACUGGAAGCAAGUGACAGUCAUCACGUGGGGAGGUCUGAGGGGUGCUGUGGGGUUGGCUCUGGCCCUCGUCGUCGUGCAGACUCCUGGCAUUCCUCUCGCCAUCAGCAGCAAGAUCCUGUUCCACAGUGCUGGUAUAGUGAUGCUGACUCUCAUCGUGAAUGCCACCACCACCAAGUACCUCCUGGCAGCCCUGGGGAUGAGCGACAUAUCCCAUGCCACCAGGGUCACCAUGGCACAGGCUGUGAGAAGGGUGAGGGAGGCAAAGCAGAGAGCAAUUAGCAUGCUGAAGUCAGACCAUUUCCUAGCCGAUGCCAACUGGGAGAUAGUUGAGAAUACGACCGAGAUUCGUGACCCGUACCGACACCUUACCGAAUCUGUGCACAUGGCCAAAGACGGAGUGCUGGUUGCGUCGGUGAAGGACACACAGCAGUGCCCAAAGUGUGAGACGCUGGUGCCCCGGAUCCCGCACCCCAAGGAGCUGGCAGAGCUGGCUGAGGAGGUGCGACAGAGGAUGAUCAAGGCGGAGAGGACCAGCUACUGGCGGCAGUUUGAGCAAGGGAUGCUGGGGAGGGACGCGGUGUUGGUCCUCAUCCAUCUCGCUGACACCGUACUCGACACGCCGGAGAGACUCAUUACACUCAGAGACCUCAGCCCCUACUGGCAGAUCCCUCUCAUCCUCAAGAAGAUUCGUCAGUGGUUGCUGAAGGCAGAGGAGGAGAAGGCGUCCUCCGAGGCCCUCCCGGCCCCCAACCACCGCUGCUGUCGCCUCCCCUACUUCCUGGUCAACCUCUCCAUCUUCGAGUGGACCCUGUUUGGAAUCAUCACCCUCAACGGCGCCUGCACCAUCGCCGAGCUAGCCACCACCGACACACUGGCCGCUCAGGUCCUCGAGUACAUCAACUACGUCUUCGUCGCCAUUUACAUCGUGGAGGCAUUUCUCAAGAUAGUAGGACUCAGGAAGUACUAUUUCCUGAGCAAAUGGAACCUGUUUGACCUGCUGAUCCUGGCCGUGUCCCUCGGCGACGUCGUCUUCGAGUUGAGCGUUCCACAGACCGAUUCCCAGUUCUCCUCGGCCGCAGUCCUCAGACUUGUCAGGAUAUUCCGGAUCCUGCGAGUCAGCCGUGUCCUGAGGCUCCUCAAGGUACUCCUUCCUCUGUUCAUCCGUGGAGUGGACAACAUCAUCCACCGUCGACUACGCUUCGGCUACGACGUAGGGAAAGGCUUCGUGAUGGGCGAAGACGAGAUGCUGAAGCAGUUUGACAGAUUCGGGGGUCUCGUACACAAGAAGAUUGCUCUUGAACUGCGGCGCAGGGCAGAGGAAACUCGACUGGAUGUGAUAAAAAGUCUUGGCCACAUGCGUAAGCAGUAUCCGGGAGUGGCUCUGUCAGUGAAGACUCAUCAGGCCACCAGAUCUGUCCUCAACCACUGCAGAGACACCAUCAAGAGUCUCCUGGGCUCAGGGCUUCUCGACGAGAACGAGGCUGAGAAGCUGUUUAUGUCCAUAGAGAAGAAGAUGAAGCACCUGGAGCGGACACCGGGCUCCCUGCGGCCCCCCGACCCAGCCACAAUCCUCCUGAACCUCCCCUGGCUCUCCGGACUGGGACCCGACGUGGUCCAGGCCCUCCUCCCUCACGCCGAGUUCGUCCAGCUGGAGCAGGGAGACUGGCUCCUUCCACAGGGGGCGGAGUCUCGCGGGAUCUAUGUCAUUGUCUCGGGCCUCGUGAAGUUGACCAUGAACAUGGAGCCACGAGGAUUUGUUCAAUCUACUAGUGGCGAGGUGGCACCCAUAGAACCCUGCCUCUCACCCAGAACGGAGGGGGAGGAAGAGGAGGAGGAGGCCCCGGGGCAGUCAGGGGGAAUGAAGAAGGCAGUGGAGGAGUUCCACGGAGCAGGAGCAGUGCUGGGGGAACUGGGAGUCCUGGAGAACACCAGUCAUGUCCUCUCCAUCCAAUGUGAAACUCCAGUCAGGGCCUUCUUCCUGGAUGGGGAGUCGAUGCAGCAGAUCCUGCAGCAGUAUCCGGUGGUGGAGGAGAGGCUGUGGAGGGUCAGUGGGAUACGAACUGCCUUGCAGCUACUCCCUCAACUUCCCGACUACCAGGACUGGCCCAUGACGAAACUCAUGCUGAUGUGUGAGGGAGCGUACAUAGCCACGCCCCCUGACGAGCCAGCUCCGACGUUCGAGGUGACACAGGACCACCGUGAGGUCAUACUAGUCAGCGGAGAGGUUCGAGAUGUGGGAUCGAGAGAGAGACUUGUGGCCCCUUGCGUCGUCCCCAACAACUUCAGACAUCUGAUGAUGAACGUAGGGUCCCCCAGACUCCUGGUGAUCUCGGACUCUGCCUCUGACCCCGUGGACCAGCAUGAAGAGGAGGAAGAAGAGCUCACGUUCAAGCCUCGCGUCACUCACCGACAGAGACUCCGGGUCCUCCUUUUAAACCUUUUCUCUCACUUCCUCUCCCUCCUCCACCUCCUGGGGGUGGGGCUCCACAGACUGAGGGAAUGGAGAAGGAGGCGUGUCUCAGAAGAUGUCGCUGCUGAGGAGGAAGAGGGGCGUGGCUCUGAGGGUAGCAGGGGAAGUCUAAACCACACCCCUCAGUGGGCGGAGCCAGAAAUGACACCCGAGACCCUCCAGUUGGAGAUGGAGGCUGCCACACCCCUUCCUGGAGAAAAUGUGACCACGCCCCCUGGAGAUUCGCCUGGGUGGGCCCCCCGGGGGUCAAAAGAUGAAGACGAGGAAAAAGUGGACCCUACAUCUGUUGCACUCCCUGCCUCAAAUACCAGCUUUACUCAUUAAAGCCAAUGUCAAGGAGACACUGAUAGAGAACAAGACGGGUUACAAAAAGACGUCACACUUUGAAGGGAAAAUAUAUGCACACCUGUCUAUAGUUUAUCAUGUAUUUGAUGAAAGGACCACACGCAGAGACAAAUUAAAAGGUUUGAUGAUGAUGAUGAUGAUGAUGAUGAUGAAAAUGAGACACUCUUUAACAUACAGUACACUAACAGUGAGAGAGAGAGAGAGAGAGAGAGAAGAGUUAGACGUCUGACACGGGAAGAGGAAGGGCUGCAGAAACAGCCGCAGACACGAGGACAGGGGAGAUGGGUGGAGUGGCAUGGCUCAACAGUCCAGUAUCAUCCUCUGGUUCCUCGUACAGUCUCGGAGGCAGAGGAGGCGGAGCGUCCUCACCAACAUCCUCCGUCCUCUUCUUCUUGCUCUUGUCCACCUUGCUGUAGCCUUUGGCAUCGCGUUGAAUCUCUCCUCCACCUCCUCCUCCCCCUUCCCCACUCUUGCCGUUCACCUUUUCGCUACUCCCUCCAUUAGCUGCACCCCCACUCACACCUUCCAACGAUAACAACCGUGGUCGUUCCUGCACUAACU